CCAAUAAUAGUUAAAAGAAGUUAAAUUUAGUUCCCUUGCUGGUAAACACGUUCCAACUACCCAUAACAUCAAAUUGGGAAGAAAAUCAGGAAGCAUGUUUUACUGUUUUGAUCCCUGAAUCUUCAUGCUGUUUCUUAAUUUGAACAAUCACCACUAUCCCCAUGACUGUUUUCAAAAGAAAUCUGGUAUCGGGUGGUGCCGGUGGCCGCACCAACCUCUUAGUGUGGUUAGCUGCCAUUAUUUGCACGAUUUUCGCGAUAUCUGUUGUAGUUUGCGGCAUAGUAGUGUUCAUUGCUUACAUGGUGAUUCACCCUAGGGUACCUGUGAUGAGUAUCACUAGUGCUCAUCUAGAUCUUCUAAAAAAUGAUUAUGCUGGUCUACUCCAAACCCAGAUCAGCAUUGUCGUGACCGCAAAGAAUGGGAAUGCAAAGGCUCAUGCGUCGUUCUCCAACAUAAGAUUCAACCUUACCUACCAGGGCCAAGGCAUAGCAAUGCUGGUUGCGGACCCAUUUGAGGUGCCAAAGAACAGUUCGAAUGAUCUUAAUUAUGUUGUUCAGUCCUCUUCUAUACCGUUAACUCCGGACCAAAUGGAGGAAGUGGAUGAUUCGUGGAAAAGGAAUGAGAUUAGUUUUGAUUUCAAGGGAGCUGCAAGGACACGUUGGAGGGUAGGGCCUAUUGGAUCUGUUAAGUUCUUGUGUCGUCUGAGUUGUAAACUCAAGUUCCACCCUGUGAAUGGGAGUUACAUACCCUCGCGGUGCACCUCCAAAUCAAAAUGAUUCUUUUCUUUCCUCCAUUUUGAACAAGUUCUUACAUAGCCAGCUUCUUCCCUCUGUGGACCAUGUUUGCUAAUAUAGAUUUUCAGGUAAUAAAUUUGAGAAUCUUGUCUUUGCUUUUGUAGGAGAUAAUUUAAUCGUGCUAGAUUAAUUGUAAGCAUGCAUAUCUAUCCCGAAGAAACUCUUUUAGGAAACUUUUAACUUUAGUGGUAGUUGAUUUAAUAUCUAAUACCAUCUGUGAAUGUAACAAGUUUAUCAAAUUUACUUUGGUGUAUGCUGCAUCCUUUGUUCUUCCGUAGUUCCGUCUAGGUUUUUUUUUUUUUUGUUUGGAUUCAUCCUUUUCAAAGGAAUGAGAAAAUAGAGAUAAGAUUUGCAAGACUGGAGAAUUGGCACAUUGUUAUUCAUGCUUUUUGUUCCGGCUUUCAAGUGUUCAUCUUCUCUAUAGAUAGCCAAACUUGAAAGGGGAAAAAUAUUUUGGAAAUUCAAAUUACCACUAACAAAGACAGAGAUUAAACCAGAUUUAAUUAAGAGAUUAGAAAAAUCCAACCAUUCGAUCAACAUGAAAAGGGGGUAAUGAUCUCACGCCUUUCUUCUUUUGGCACCUUUUCAA